GUCUAAGCUGACCCACAGACUUAAAACCAAGGCACUGAGUACCUUCAGCUGGGACAUCCAAACUCUCCAAUCAAAGGUGCAAGGGACUUGCUCACAUCGGUCACCCGACUGCUUUCUUGGAGACCAAGAAAAUGAACGCUUGCCUCCAUAUUUACCCCAGAAAUCCAUGAGGAAGUGUUAUACAGUGCACCUGACAUGGGCCACAGGAGCCCAGAGUGAAAGGCUGCAUAGACAAUGGUGCCCCUGUGUCUGUCCCUCCCAUGCCUUCUAUUCCUGCAGGAGUGGCAGGACUGGCAGGACUUUGUAAGAUCAGGGCACUGACAGAGAGAAUGUUCAAACAUCUUCGGAAAUGGUUUGUCACUCACAUUUUUGGGCGUUCGCGGCAACGAGCAAGGCUGGUCUCCAAAGAUGGAAGGUGUAACAUAGAGUUUGGCAAUGUAGAUGCGCAGUCAAGGUUUAUAUUCUUUGUGGACAUCUGGACAACUGUUCUUGACCUCAAAUGGAGGUACAAAAUGACCGUGUUCAUCACAGCCUUCUUGGGGAGUUGGUUCCUAUUCGGUCUCCUGUGGUAUGUGGUAGCCUACGUUCAUAAGGACCUCCCAGAGUUCUACCCACCAGGCAAUCAUACUCCUUGUGUGGAGAACAUUAAUGGCAUGACCUCAGCUUUUCUGUUUUCUCUGGAGACUCAAGUGACCAUAGGUUAUGGAUUCAGGUUUGUGACGGAACAGUGUACCACUGCCAUUUUCCUACUUAUCUUCCAGUCCAUUCUUGGAGUGAUCGUCAAUUCUUUCAUGUGUGGUGCCAUCUUAGCCAAGAUCUCUAGACCCAAAAAACGUGCCAAGACCAUUACAUUCAGCAAGAAUGCGGUCAUCAGCAAGCGUGGUGGGAAACUCUGCCUCCUCAUCCGAGUGGCCAAUCUUAGGAAGAGCCUUCUGAUUGGCAGCCACAUAUAUGGCAAACUUCUGAAAACUACCAUCACUCCUGAAGGAGAAACCAUUAUUUUGGAUCAGACCAAUAUCAACUUCAUAGUUGAUGCUGGUAAUGAGAAUUUGUUCUUCAUUUCCCCGCUGACAAUCUACCAUGUCAUUGACCACAACAGUCCUUUCUUCCACAUGGCAGCAGAAACGCUUCCCCAGCAGGAAUUUGAGUUAGUUGUCUUUUUAGAUGGCACAGUGGAAUCUACCAGUGCAACCUGCCAGGUCCGCACAUCAUAUGUCCCUGAGGAGGUGCUUUGGGGCUACCGUUUUGUCCCCAUAGUAUCCAAGACCAAGGAGGGGAAGUACCGAGUGGAUUUCCAUAACUUUGGUAAGACAGUGGAAGUUGAAACCCCUCACUGUGCCUUGUGCCUUUAUAAUGAGAAAGAUGCCCGAGCCAGGAUGAAGAGAGGCUAUGACAACCCUAACUUUGUCUUGUCAGAAGUUGAUGAAACAGAUGAUACCCAAAUGUAGCAGUGGCUUUUUCACUCGCAAAAUGCCUUCUGUGAGCCCAAUGGCUAGCUGUGUUCUGAAGCAACCAACAGUUGGGGUGUGGAUGCAGGAUGAGAAGCUACAAAGUCUACCAGCAUAGUCAUCCUUGAACCCCAGGGCUAUGACUCUACAAGACUCAUAGUUCUACAAGGUACUAGCAGUAAGCAUAUGAUGGACACAUGUGACUUAAACAGGCAUGUGGAAGCCAUAGGAAUUCACUUGGAAUCUUCACUAUGACUGUGUGAACUCAUAUAGUGUUGAUGGGAAGGAAGUCAUCCAAGGUCACAUGGACAGGCAAUGGAGAUACUUCUACAAGACUCCUGAAAGCUGUUAGGAUCUUUACAUAGCUUUGGGAACUAGCCAUAUUUCCCAUUUGAUUCUAUGGAUUAGAAGAAGGCCACUUUCAUCUCAAAAUAGACUUUCAUCAACAGAAAAUCUGUCCCCUGAGUUGGGGGAAGUGAGCCAACUGAUCACUGACAAUAAGAGACUGUCAUACAAAGAAUGAAAAAAAGGCUCUAGCCUUCUCAAGCUCUUGUGUUUGAAGCCUUCAUCUGAGUCUAGAUCACAUGUUUCACAAGGGGUAAAGUGUCAUCCAGUAACUCUGCAUCUUUCUGAACCGAAGGUAAAGAGGAACAGGAAGGGCCCAACAAGUUUUAUGACUUAUCCAAAUGCUGUGGUCCAUACAGAAGUUGGCCUGAAUGAUCUCCUGUGGUACAUUAAACAGAGGCCAAGUCCAUUCUCUGGAUGCUGAAUGAACAUCCUCCUGCAAAGGAGAAUGUUUGAGUUGAAAGUGUUGGUGUUAAAACUGCAGAGGUGGCUCAGUUUGUAAAGAGCUUGCCAUGCAAGCAUGAGGACCUGGGUUUGAACCUCCAACAACCACAAGAAAAGCCUUACUUGGUAGCAUGCCCCAUAACUCUAGUACUGGAGAGGUAGGCAAAGGAGGAUGUCCGAGACUUACUGGCCAGUUGAAUGGGUGAGGUCUAUGCUCAAUGAGACUGUUUAAAAAAAUGUGAAGGGCCUGGAGAAAAGGCUCAGUGGUUAGAAGUACUGUGAUUGUUCUUCCAGAGAACCCAGAGUCGAUUCCUGGCACCAGCAUGGUGUUUUACACCCAUCUAUACCUCCAUCUGAUGUUAGUUUUUGGCCUCCAUGGGUACCAGGUACACAGACAUACACACAAGCAAAACACCAUACAAAUACAAUAAAAAAAAUAAGGUGGAGAAUGACUGAGGAGGAAAUCUUAUGUCAACUUUUGAUCUACUGAUCUACACACAUGCACACACCCACACAUGGGGCUGGGGAGAUCUGUGGUGAUAUUUCUUUUAAUAUUUAAUGAAUGGGUUAUAGGGUUACAAGUCUGUUAAAAAGAGUUUUUAUUCCUUGUUCUUUCAAGAUGACUGUGAAAGCAGUCAACCUGGAGGGGGGUGUGAUGCUAACCCUGAACAGUUCUUGUGUUUCUCUGCUCAGUGCUUGAACUGAAAUUCUAGGUAUGAAGGAGGAGGGGAUGAGGCACAACUUCACAGUCUGCACGCUGCUCUCUUCCGAAGGCCAUCUCAGCAUCUUCCAAAGGGAACAAUCUAGCAGGAGAAUUUACUUCGAAGGAACUUUCUAAUGGGAAUGUCUUGCUUGUUCAUUUCCCCACCUGUAUUAUUCUGGACACACUUUGAAAAAUAAAGUGGAAUUCAAAAGUUGUUCUAAAAUCAGAAUAUUUUCAGUAUGUGAUUAAUAAAUUUCCAAAACUGCA